AAAAAAUAAGUUUUACCUAUAAAGUAAAAUAUAAAAGGAAUAAACUUAAAGAAAUAAUAGUAAUAAUAGUAAAGAUAUAA